AUGGCUGAGGGGGGAUGGGUGAGGACUAAUUUAGCUGAUAAGGACACUAGUUGUCGAAACAUCUUUACAGCAACCUGCUGGACCAUAUGGAAUGCAAGGUACGAUUUUGUGUUUAAUGGCAUGGAAUCCUCCACAGAACAAUUUCUUAGGCAAGCAACAAUGAAGGCGACAGAGAUCAGCAGCAGUAACAUGUUGCUUAAGUGGCAAAAUAACAAACCACUAAGGGAGGAUGUGAGUGGAUGGUCUCCGCCACUAGAGGGAUGGCUGAAAUUUAACUGCAAUGCGACG